AUGGCAGCAUGUUUCUUCUACUCAUUAUUUCUCCUGUUUUACAGGAGUGUAAUCUGUCUUAAUGUCCUCUGUAACGGGGGCCUGUUACAGAUUUCUGGGGGCUCGUCAGGGAUCAGCAGUAGUUGAAGAAAGCCUUAUCCUGGUCCAGUGAUCUUUGGACCUAAAUGAACAAGUGCUGCUGCAGCGACAGGAUUUCCCAGUGAAGGCCUCGAGCGGUGAACAGAGCCGGAUGGAGGGGAGCCGAGCCUAAAGAGGGUGAGACUUUUAGGGUGUGUUCCUGAAUACAGUCUACCAAGGCAUGGGGAAGAGACAUGAGGAUUUCAGACGGGACCUUAAACCGCUCCUUGCAGACCCCACUGUUCUUGAUGAAGCCCUGUUACAACAGGUCAUCCAGACCACGAUGGAGGAAAGCGAGAGGAAAUGCAGACUUGGGCGCAGCACCAAUCGGAAGUUCACUCAAGGGCACAGCAUGCUUACAAAGCCAGGAGAGACGACUGGCAUUGUGGGAGAGACCAAAGUUAAAGUUUCCUGCCCAUGGCAACCUAAUCUUGCGCUAACACGUAAGAGGUGUGAGGACUGUCCUAGAGACCACAUAUGCUGUGUCUGUGAUGGUGAAGAUGUCUGUGUCCCUCCUGUUUUCAAAAAGCCAGGAGUGUGUCCUCGCAGACGCUUGGUCUUCGGACAUUGCAUGAAAUCCUGUUCUUAUGAUGGUGACUGCCCCAAUAAUAAUAAGUGUUGCUCCACCGGAUGUGGGCGUGACUGCAUGGCUCCAGUCAUAGAACACUGCCCGUGGCGCCUUAAUCUUUCUCUGUCGCAUAAGGGGUGCAAGGACUGUCCUAGAGACCACAUAUGCUGUGUCUAUAAUGGUGAAGAUAUCUGCAUCCCUCCCGUUCCCACAAAGCCAGGAUUUUGUCCUCAAAGGCGCAUGUGCUUUGGACAUUGCUCUGAAUCAUGUUCUUAUGACAGUGACUGUCCCGAUAAUGAAAAGUGCUGCUCCAAUGGAUGCGGACAUGUGUGCAUGGCUCCAGCUGUUGAUUGA